CCUUAAAGUUUGACCCUACGUUUUUAUGUAUUGUGUCGAAUUUACUAUGACCAUUACAACGCUCGGCACUGCAUUGACGAACAUAUUCAAUACUACUGUGGCAAUGAAUUCCGUUAAAAGUUAAUUCAAAUUAACAUUUCACUGCAAAUGUAAAAAGGACUGACCCAGCCAAAUAGUGUGUUCCAUUUAGAGCGGUCUUUGUAGUUGCAGUGCAAGAGUGGCAAAAAUAACUGGAUCAUGACUUCAAACUUAAUGAGAGGAACUGGGCGUGUGUGUAUGUGGCGUCUGUUCGGUCUCUGUGGGGCAUCAGGCUGAGAAAAACCCUAGACCAUUUCUGAAGAAUGCUGUGGAUUAGCAGUCGCUCAAAUUAUUAUUUUGGAAAACCAUUUUUGAUGUUAAAGGAUUUACACAGAAUGUUUUUUGUUCCUCUAUGAGACAAACACUCUUAUUCAAACGGAGAAGUCUAAUUUGAUUUUCUCAAGGAUGACAAAAAUGAUGCUUCCAAAACUGGACACUUGACAUUUUGUCUUAAAAUGAGAGAGGAUGGAUAGCACAACUAGCCCCAUGUCAGAAUCUAGUCUUACCAACGGAUUUGUCAAUAGUGUAUUCAAUGUCUCAGUUGAUGAAGACACCAAAACGGACAUCUCAUGGAUUCCAGAGUCCAGUUCCUCAGACUCCAUUAUUCCCUGUCAGACCCUCAGAAGAGAAAAACAGGAACCUAACCGGCGCUCCAGGACCGCGGCCAUCUGGAGGAUCCUGAACCGCCGCAAGGCCACCUCUGACCUUGACAGGCGACCUCACUCAGUGAUCCUCCCAGGUGAAGCAUCCUUUCUCAAACUGUCAAUCACAAACAAAGUAAGGUCCUUCAAGAAAUUAAAGUCCCCAUCUGUUUUUAGAGGGAAAGCUGGUAAGAUUUCUGAUGCCAAUUUCGACAUUGACCUGAAAGAUGAGGUAGAUAAUGUUUAUAUGUGCAAGGACUCUCCUUCUUCAGAGUUCAAGCAUGUGUUUAAGAAUAAAGUCAAGAGACAUUCAUUUGCAGGACACACUGCAGAUUUCUACUGUUCAUUUGAGGACAUAGACCCAGCUGCAACCCCAGAGAAUGUCCACCAGGAGACCAAGAACACCGCUAGCAACCAAAAUGGGUGUAAGUUGUCAGAAAGAGUCAUGUAUACAAAGAAAUCUCAUCCCAACUUCUCAAACUGCAACAAUUCAUCUGUGAUGGAACAAGAAGCCUGCUUUGCAAAGCAAAGCCUCAAGAUACCUCAAAGAAGGCGAUGGUCAAAGGGGGGUGAUGUUUUGAAUUACUUAAAAAGAAUUUCCCUCAAAGGAAAAGGAAGUCAGACAUUGGCAGAGUGUAGUUUUGAGUCAAUGAAUACCCUGGACAAAACCAUUGAUUCUGACUAUGGCUCAGUCAGCUUUGAGCUGGUCAAAGAUUUGAACUCUGCACCUGAACAAACAGGCCUUGAUGGCAAAAGCAGCCAUUUUCGAGGCCUUCUCCGAUUUUUCAACACGGUGGCUGAGACAGCAAUGAAAUGGAGAAACUCAUCUCGCUCAUUCUCCCCCCCUGAAGGACAGCAGUCGCCUCUUAAUUUGAGAAAGACAGAUGAGUCAGGAGAACUCAUCCACAAUAUGCCAAUCAGGAAUGAGCACAAAGCCGAUACCUCAGUUCAUGGUAAAUCUAUGUUAUCUACUGACAUGUGCAAGGUGGUCUCAACUGCCAGUGACAAAGUGGAUUGCUCUCCUCCUGUGGUUCUGAAGGCCUGGAGAACAUGCCCAGACUCUCCAAGAGAUAGCAAUUCCCUGUGUAAUAACUCCGAUGAAUCCCAGUCUCAGCUCAGCUCGACUCACAUCUCUCUUGCCACCAUUGAGAGCCACCCAAAAUAUGAAGAACCAGAAACACCAAAAGAAAACUCUGUGAUCCCACAUAACUUAUCUAGCAAAACUCUUGAUGAAAACCAAGCUAUUUGCACAGAUAGGAAAGAAAUAAGAAACUGCCCGGAGGACAUAUUCAAGACCCUCUCACGCCCUCCUGGCCAGUCACCUGCAGAUCCUCCACUUAAAGCUCUGCUUCAGCGGUGUUGCUCACUGCCGCUGCCAACCACUCUCUCUGCACUAGAGCCCAUUGCCCUGACACAUGUGCUCACUCCUCCAGUUAAGACAAUGGCUAAGUCAGCCAUUCUCCGUGUGAGGAACAGCAGCACAGGAUCCAACAGACGGAGGCUGUUUAGACCCGGAUCUGGACCACUGCAUGUCAACAUGCCAUGACCAGUGUUGUUAACACUGGGGAAGUGUACCUAGUCCAAUGGAGAGGGACACUACGGAGGCCACAUCCUACCCACAGGGAGGAGCAUGUGGAAAUACACAUAUGGACUGACCCAUGGGGCAGUUCUACAUAUGGAAAGAUCCUUGCAGUAGGUCCUGCCUAGACAGGGAUGGAACUACUACAGUUGCAGAGACGGGGCAGAGCAGAAUCUGCCCAGGAAAGACACAGGAUUACAGAUAGGGAAACUGUACCAUGGGAAAAUAUGCACAUGAGAUUACCAAGGGGGAAUCACAACAUAUGAGGCAGCUAGACCAGUACAAGGGCUGACCAACUAGGCAUGCAUCUUGAGUACUGGGCCUGGUGUCGGACGCCUCUGCCAGGUCUUACUGCUGAAGGAUACUCAGAGAUAACUCAAUCCAGGUUACACAAAGUUUGGAACUCACCUGGAGAGCAAAGAAGGUGCUAGUAUUAGGUGUCGUCCAGUCCGCAGCUCUGCAGAUAUCUGCCAAAGAGGUACCGUCCACCAACGCCAAGGAGGAGACAACACUCUGAGUUGAGUGAGCCCUCACUCCAAGGGGGCAUGGCACACCUUGGAAUUGGUACGCCAUGGCGAUGGCAUCCUCUAUCCACAGCGAUGCAAGGGCUGGGUCUGUCUCCUCCGGGAGCAGCACUUGUAAGUUCACCACCUGGUCACCUGGUCCCAUCUCGGGCCUCGGCUGUGUAGCUAGUACUGUAGCGGUCUCGUAUGCAUCAAUCUCUUCACCACCUCCUGAUGCAGAGCAGGUCCCUUCAUGUCUGGGUCACCUGUAUCAGGGCCUCUUCAGUGUCACCGAAGAAGCCACUUUGCGAGAUGGGGGCAUUGAGAAAGCGUACUUUGUCGGCAUCCCGCAUUUCAGCAAGGUUUAGCCAGAGAUGGCACUCCUGGACCACCAAUGUGGACAUCGUCUGGCUGAUGGGUCGUGUCGUGACUUUUGUUGCUUGGAGGGUGAGGUCAGUUGCUGUGUGCAGUUCCUGCAUCAACCCUGGCUCAGAACUACCCUUGUGCAGUUCUUUCAGUGUUUUGGCCUGGUGUACUUGCAGGAGGUGGCCUGUCCAGCGGCACCGUAAGCCUUAGCAACCAGAGCUGCCGACAUCGUACAGGCCUCGGAUGGGAGACGCGGAAGGUUCCAACAGGUGGUGGCACUUUGUGGGCACAAGUGCACUGCAAUUGCAAGCUCCAAUUGGGGAAUCUCCACGUACCCCCUGGCAGACAAUCCAUCAAGCGUAGUGAGAGUGGAGGAGGCUGUGGAGCGGCUUCGGACAGUAAAAGGUGCCUUCCAUGAAUUCUGAAUCUCCUCAUGUACUUCUGGGAAGAAAGGCACUGGGGCGGUCACCCAAUGGACCAAUCAUCCAACCGCGAGCGGUCAGGACAAGGUGGACACUCGAGUCUGAUGCCCGCGACGGCCCAGGCAAGCAUGGCCGUCAACUCUGCAUCCAACUUGGCAUGAGCGACCACACCCGAAGGGGGAAGCUCAUCCUCAUCUUCCUCUCCAGAGGACAACAGCUGCUCUCCGAUGCAGCUAUUGACAUCUGAUACUCACUCGGAGUAUCAUUCAGUAACACCACUGAAUGCGUCUUGAAUCUUCCAGCCAAGGGAGAUCCUUUCUGCAACUCUUUUAAGCUCUUUAUCUGCAGGUGAUUGGAAAAAGUGAUUGCUGUGUACAACCACUCGGCUCUGAAGCAAAAAUCUGAAUGAAUGGAUGCGUGCCACCAUCUUAUAUACCUGUAUGUACGGGGGAGUGGCUCGGCAUGCAAAUACAUUUCCAUUGCAUUCCCAUGCAGGCUGGCUGGGCACGUGGAUCAGGUGUCAGAGAACAGCACGUCAAAGAGAGACUGUUAGACAAAGGGGAAGAUUUAAUGCUACCAAAAGCAAUUGAAAUCGCCCAGCAGUUUGAACUGUCACAGAAGCAAAUUAAAAUAGUCAGAGAAGAAGAAUCUCAAGUUCAAGCAGUAAAGAUGAAUGCAAAAUACAAAACUGCAAACAAGAAAACCUAUCAGAAAAAUCAGACAAAAUGUGUGCAGAAAGAAAUGCAUGCAAACCGACCAAAAAAACUGUUCAAGUUGUGGCAAAGACCCACAACAUAAGUGGAAUCAAGGAAAAUGUCCAGAAAAGGGCUCUGUCUUCUCAUACUGUCACAAACCAAACCACUGGGUGGCAGUAUGCCACAAAAGAUCAGUAAACACAGUCAGUGUGCUGCUGCAAUCAGAAACAGAAGAUGGGGAGAUGCUGAGCAUAAAUCUCACACAAACAGAUUAGCACAGUGAUGAUAAGUGGACACCAGACAUUGAAAUUCUGUCUCAGAAGGUGCCUUUCAGAAUUGAUACUGGUGCAAAAUAUAACACAUUGACUUUAAGCAAUUAUCAAGCACUUCUGCACAAUGGUGAGCUUAAAUGCUCUAAUUGAGUGCUGAAGUCUUACUCUAAUCACAAGCUGAAGCCUAUAGCUGCAGUUGACCUUCUGACUAAAUACAAGGAUCCUGAGAUAUCAGCAAAAUUUGAGAUUGUGGACAUUUCUUGAGAAAAUGUGCUCAGUAGUACAACAGCGGAUGCUUUAGGCUUAGUUAUACGGCUUGAUGCAUCAACUUCGACAAAUGCCACAUCAAGCAAUCUUCUGUGCCCUACGUAGAACACCUGAUAACAUCAGAUGGUCUGAAGGCAGACCCAGUGAAAAUAGAGGCUGUCAAGUCCAUGCCAACACCAACAGAUAAGGAUGGUGUUCGUCGUUUCCUAGGUUUCGUCACCUACCUGUCAAAAUUCCUGCCAAACCUCAGUGAAGCUAAUGCACCUCUAAGACAGCUCCUGAAAACUGAACCUGAAAACAACCAGCUCAACAGCCUUUGACAAACUCAAGGACCUAUGCACGAAGUCCCCUGAGCUACAAUUUUUUUAUCUGUCCAAGCCUGUCGAGAUCUUCUGCGAUGCCAGCAGCAACGGCCUCUGUGCUGUCUUACUACAGGACAGUCAUCCAGCUGCUUUCUCAUCCAGGUCACUGACAGAUACAGAAACGCGCUAUGCGCAAAUUGAGAAAGAGACGCUCUCAAUAGUUCAUGCAUGUAUCAAGUUCCACAAUUACAUAUUUAGAAAUCACGUCACAGUGUACAAUGACCAUAAACCUCUGGAAGAUAUUUUCAGAGAGUCAUUGCUCUCUACCCCCAUGCGCAUACAAAGAAUGCGCCUCCGCCUGCAGUAGUAUGAUCUGACUGUUAAGUACAGAUGAGGAAAGGACAUGGAACUGCCUGACACACUGUCCGGAGCUCAGUUACCCGAAAACAAGCCAGAGAUGGAAGGCUUUGAGUGUGUCUCUAUGCUCAACUUUGUUUCAGUCAGUGAGCAGAAAUAUUCAGAGCUCCAGGACCGCAAGAGCUCAGCUGUCUUCAACAAGGCUGGCCAGACCACAGGCAUGAUGUGCCUAAUGCAGUACAGCCACUUUGGGACUCACAAAGCCAACUUGUCGUUGCCGAUGGUGUUGUCUAUAAAGGCCUGUAUAUAGUUGUACCCCCUUCCAUGCGAGAACAUGCUGAAGCUUAUACAUCAGUCUCACUUAGGAAUAGUAAAGAGCAAGCAGAGAGCUCGUGAGGUCCUGUACUGGCCAGGUAUGAGUUCUGAAAUCGAGCAAAUGGUGAAGAACUGCGGCAAGUGUGCAGACAUGCAUGAACCGGUUGCCUAGACAACCAUUCAAACCAACAGAAACACCCAAUCUUCCAUUCAAAGAAGUGGCUUCUGACCUGUCUGAGUUUGUAGGAAACCACUAUGUUCUGCUAGUGGAUUACUACUCAAAAUUAAUUGAAGUGGAUAAGCUGAAAGACUUACAUUGUCGUGCUGUCAUAGAAAAGCUCAAGGCUCAAUUCAGCAGACAUCACAUCCCCACCAUCCUUCGAACAGACAGUGGUCCACAAUGUGCAGCGGAUGAGUUUAAGGAUUUCUGUCAAAGUUAUGGAAUCAUUCAUAAAACAUCAUCCCCACACACGCCACACUCCAACGGUGAGGCAGAGCACGCAGUCCAGACUGUUAAGAAACAUUGGUGCAAGGCGCCAGACAAACACCUUGCAAGAUGAAAUAAGGAUGCAAACUCAUCCUGGCAGCCACAAAUGGUCUCCCGGAGUUGUUUUGAGAUCACAUUGUUGUUGUUGACUGUGGAAGUAGACAGUACCGUCACAACGUUCAGCAUCUUCGCAAGAGCACAGCAGCUGCCAACGAGUCCCGUCACAGGCUUAACGAUGAUCAAUGGACAGAGAUAUCAGAGCCAAUGAGUGCCAAGCAAUCAAAAUGUCUGUGGAUCAUCCUAGUUCAUCCCAAGCAUCACCUACAGAACUCGGGACUGCUAAGCAGACGUUGUCAACUGGGCAGUACACUAACAGAUGAGGCAGAGUUGUGAAGCCUCUUGAAAGGCUCUGCAUGUAGUCAGGGAAAGGGAUGGUAAAGACGCCUUGUGAAAGUGAUGUGCUAGUAACCUCUCCUUCCUAGUUAGACAUGUUGAUGUUCAACAGUUCAUUGUUGUGAUAGAUUGUGUCAUUGACUAAGUUGCAUAAAAGAUGUGCUAACAUGUCUUUAUUAUUAUUUGGAUAUGCAAGUUGUAUGCAAAUUCCAGAGCUAAAGAAAAAACAACAAUGUUUAAUAUUUGUAGUAUCUGGAUAUGUAUACAAAGUGAUUAUGUUAGCAUGGUUUUUUGUUUCAUGCUUAGGAGGGGAGAUGUAAUGUAUUGUCAUUUUGACAAUGUUUCUUUAAGUGGUGCUCCGGCCUCUGUAGUCACUGCUAUGACUCCUCCUACUUUGUAUAUGCACUGCAGUACCUAAUAAAACUGAGCAUGGCUUCUUACUGAAGCUCUGUGUCAGUCGCAUUACUUUACACUGUAGUUAGUUAAUAGUUCUUAAUGAGGCAAAUUUCAUUCAAUAAUUACUGAUUACCUAUUAAGGAACUAUAGCAGUCCUAAAUUUGAUAUCCUCUUAAUGAUUAGUUAA